GUGCCACUUUCAGGUCUCCUCACACUGCUGGUGUGUUCCAUUUUUUGUCAUAGGGUGCUGGCAGAUUACGGGCCUCCCAUAGCUGCUGCCAGGCCCCUAAUCUGCCAUGGGCCCCUAUACCGCCUCCUGAUGCUGCUGCCUGGUCCAGAGUCUCUCAUGGGUCCCUGUACGGCCUCCCAUUGCUGCUGUCUCCAUCGCCACACUCUGCCAUGUGCCACUUUCAGGUCUCCUCACACUCCUGCUGGUUUCCAUUUUGUCAUAGGUUGCUGUAUGGCCUCCCAUUGCUGCUGCCUCCACCGCCACACUGUGGCUCCAAACACUGGUUUUGGCCCCGUGACUGGCCAAAUGAGUGAAGUGUGCGGUGAUUCUAAGAUCGACGGCACUCAUCUGCAUGUCAUACUG